CUGAUGAUGCCAACGGUGUCGUAGAUGCACCCUUCCGGCUGCCCAUCGCCGAGGCGUUUGUGGCUAAAACAACCAAGGUUUAUUCGUACCUGUUGCCUCUUCCUCCUCUGCUGGGAAGACGGAUCCAUCCGAUACUUUUAAACCUGGGUGCUUUCUGUGCCCGCCAGCGACUGCCACCGCUCGGGCCCUGCUCACCUGCUCCGUCCCUCUGCCCACAGAUCAUGCUCAACUCUCUGCACAAGUAUGAGCCGAGGAUUCAUAUAGUGCGAGUGGGUGGCCCGCAGCGGAUGAUCACCAGCCAUUCCUUCCCAGAGACCCAGUUCAUAGCCGUCACGGCCUACCAGAACGAGGAGAUCACAGCUUUAAAAAUUAAGUACAAUCCAUUUGCAAAGGCAUUUCUUGACGCAAAAGAAAGAAGUGAUCACAAAGAGAUGAUGGAGGAAGUGGGAGACAACCAGCAGUCUGGGUAUUCGCAGUUAGGUAGCUGGCUUAUUCCUGGGACUGGGGCUCUGUGCCCCCCUGCCACUCCUCACGCUCAGUUCGGAGCCCCCCUCUCGCUCUCCCCUGCUCACGGCUGUGAAAGGUACUCGUCGCUGAGGAGCCACCGCCCCGCGCCCUACCCCAGCCCCUACACCCACAGAAACAACUCGCCAACAGCCUAUGCCGAUAACUCCUCUGCCUGCCUUUCCAUGCUGCAAUCCCAUGACAACUGGUCUUCUCUAGGAGUGCCCACACACACAACGAUGCUGCCCAUGAGCCACAGCACUGGCACAGCUACCAGCUCCAGUCAGUAUCCUAACUUAUGGUCGGUGAGUAACAGCACCAUCACACCGGUGUCUCAGUCAAGCGGGAUGUCCAACGGCCUGAGCUCCCAGUUUUUACGUGGCUCUCCAGCGCACUACACUGCCCUUCCGCACCCGGUCACUGCCGCCUCCUCCGCCUCCCCGCUGUACGACGGCGGGGCACCCACGGACCUGCCCGACAGCCAGUACGACGCCUCUGCACAUGCCAGGCUAGCAUCCACGUGGACGCCUGUCACCCCGCCUUCCAUGUAA